AUGGACGGAGUGGUGGAGGGAGGCUACAGGAAACAGGAGCAGCACUGGAGCGAAGAGGAGACGACACAACUGGCAGAGAAGGAGAAUUGGAACAAAGACACAGAUGUGAAGAAGGUUGAAUCAACAGAGAGGAAAGUGGAGGAGAGGGGUCAGUGGGGGAGUAAGGCAGAGUUCCUCCUGGCCAUAGUGGGCAGUGUGGUGGGCCUGGGCAAUGUGUGGCGGUUCCCCUAUCUCUGCUACAAGAACGGUGGAGGUGCGUUCCUGGUUCCCUAUCUCCUCUUUGUAGUGGCAUGUGGUGUGCCUCUGUUCUUACUGGAGACUGCUGUUGGGCAGUACACCCGUCAGGGACUCGUCACAUGCUGGAAGAGGCUAUGCCCAUUGGCUGAGGGCAUUGGCUAUGGGGGACUGAUGAUCCAGCUCUACAACUGUGUGUGUUACAUCAUUAUCCUGGCCUGGGCUCUCUUGUACCUCAUGUUCUCCUUCAGCUCCAAUAUGCCCUGGGCCAGCUGCAGCAACACUUGGAACACAGCCAACUGUGUGGAAGUCAGGAAAGAGACCACUGCAGCCAACUGGACCCGCCAGACCAACGCCACCUCUGCAGCCAUGGAAUUUUGGGAGCGUAGAGUGCUUUCUAUUUCAGGGGGCAUUGGGGAGGUGGGCCAUGUCAGAUGGGAGCUGGCACUGUGUCUCAUGGCAGUUUGGGCUACCUGUUAUUUCUGUAUCUGGAAGGGGGUCAAGUCCACAGGCAAGGCGGUGUAUUUCACAGCCACAUUCCCAUACCUGAUGCUGUUGGUGUUGCUGGUUCGAGGACUGACUUUACCUGGGGCUUUUCAGGGGAUAGUGUUCUACCUGUACCCUGAACCAGCCCGUCUUGCUGACCCACAGGUGUGGCUGGAGGCUGGAGCGCAGAUUUUCUUCUCUUACAGUGUUGGAGCAGGUGGUUUGACAGUACUGGGCAGCUACAAUACCUACAAUAACAACUGUUACAAGGACUGUUGGCUGUGUCUGCUGAACAGUGGAACGAGUUUUGUGGCAGGGUUUGCAGUGUUCUCUGUGCUGGGAUUCAUGGCACAUGAACUGGGUGUCCCCAUUGAGAAGGUAGCAGAGUCAGGCCCUGGUCUGGCAUUUAUUGCAUACCCCCAAGCAACAUCCAUGAUGCCCUUCCCUCAGAUUUGGGCUUCCUGUUUUUUCAUAAUGAUUAUUCUUCUUGGCCUGGACACCCAGUUUGUGUCAGCAGAGGUGGUUAUAACUUCAGUGAGUGACCUGUUUCCUGCGUUGCUGCGCAGAGUGGGAGGCAGAGAGAUCUUCCUGCUGUUCUUCUGUGUUUUCUGCUUCCUAACUGGGCUGCUCAUGGUCACAGAGGGUGGGAUGUAUGCUUUCCAGCUCGUUGAUUAUUAUGGCAGUAAUGGGGUCUGCCUGGUCUCCAUUGCCAUAUUUGAGUCAUUGACCGUGGGAUGGGUCUUUGGGCCAGAAAACUUAUAUGAUGUGAUUGAAGACAUGGCUGGUGUACGCCCUAACGCCCUCUUCAAAUUCUGCUGGCGCUAUCUCACUCCUUUAGUGUCCCUGGGUUCACUCAUCUUCUACUUUGUGAAGUACAAGCCCCUUACCUUUAACCACUGGUAUGUGUACCCUGACUGGGCAUACACACUGGGCUGGCUAAUGGCACUGUCCUCCAUUGUGAUGGCUCCAUGCUGGGGGAUUCUCAAGCUCUGCAUUGCCAGAGGCACCAUGAAACAGCGUUUGUCUAACCUGUGUCACCCUGAUGAUGACCUGCCCCUGACACAGAAGCACACAGCUGAACAACAGCCUGUUACUUCAGGAAUGGAGAUGGUAGUGAUGAUAACAGAGGAACCAAAUUUCAAGACCCCUUGCUUGCACUGUUACCACCAGGCGCAAGUGGAUUUGCAGGUGUAUAUGAGACCAGGCUCCUGUAAGGCUGACCCUCAAAGCCUGGCAGUGAGUGUGUCCCCAGACCCCAUCUUAGGCAACACAAAUCAAGUGGAUCACCAAGGAGAAGAUUCCAUAUGCCCUACAUGCUGCUAUAUGGCCUUUUUGACUGAGGCACAGGUCAGGAUUGGGAAGGUGCCGUGGCACCUGGCCUAUGCCCACACACUCUCUUUCAGCAAACAGACUCCAUUUCUGGAAGUCUGA